AUGAGGAGAUUCAUCUCGCAGAUUUGGCCCUCCAGUCAAAGUUCUGAGGCCAAGCUCUCCAAGGUUCCUUUCGAGAGAGCAGCUGAUUCACCGUCGAUGGGGGUUGACGAGCAGCCGGUCACAACGGAUAUUGAUCUUCACCGGACGACCAGACGAGAGAGACCGGGUUUGAAGGAGGAGAAGAAGAAGAAGAAGAAGAAGAAGAAGAAGAAGAAGAAGAAGAAGAAGAAGAAGAAGAAGAAGAAGAAGAAGAAGAAGAAGAAGAAGAAGAAGAAGAAGAAGAAGAAGAAGAAGAAGAAGAAGAAGAAGAAGAAGAAGAAGAAGAAGAAGAAGAAGAAGAAGAAGAAAGAGACGGGAUCUAUCUCCACGCCAACCGAGUCUCGUACGCUGGUGAAGAGGGAAAUGAAGCACGAAGUGGCGGAUAAAGGUUUGAAUGAUGUUCCCGUGUUCAUGGACAAGAAGGCGAGGAAGGCUGCGAAGAAGCAGAGGAAGAAGGAUGCUGCGAGGGAGAAGUCGAUACGGACAAUGAAGCGCAAGUGGGCCUCAAAUGGAGCCAGCACGGGUCUACGACGGCAGCGCAACGGCUCACCGAAUGCAGCUAUCGUUGCUGCGAUCAUCGAGCGACAACAGAAGCGCAAAAUCAAGAAGCAGAAUAGGAGAGAAGCCGCAGCGAGGCAGGUGGCGGAAGCAAAACGGAGAAUGGAAGCUGAGGAACCACUCUAUGCGGUUCAGUAUCAUCUCUGGGGCCCCGAAUGCCACCCCGAUCAUUGCGCGGACCCGAAUUGGCAUGAAUGUCCUCCAGAUUGCCCUGAUAGAGACGAAGAUGAGAUCCACCUUGGAUACCAUGGGUCACACCAUUCUUGUACCGAGGGCCUUGAAGUCAAGAGAGCACCUCACCAGCACCUGGCUUACCCAGACGAGCCGGAUCCACAUCUAAUGUAUGAGGGCGCCGUACCGUUCUCUCUGGAUGCUUUUUCCCUUGACAACUGGAACCAAACCUUCAUCAACUUCGACGUCGGCCCAGACCACCGCCAAGUCCGCGUGCAUGACGGCUUUCUCGAGAUCACCGACGCGGCGACGGAAGUCUUCAAGAAGAUAUUCAGAUACGCGGAGCUUGUUCCCAUACCCAUCGGCAGUGAUGAGCGAUCAUACCGAACACCGAGGAGGGCAUACCGCAUCCCCGAGAGCACUGAAACCUUCAAGCUUUUUCUCGAACACCUUGCUCGAGACCUUCCGCGGCCCCAUGCCCUAUUGGGGCUAUAGAAUGCGGACAUCAGCAGGAAGGGAGAAUUGCUAAAGUUCGCGAAGAAGUGGGACUUGGUGGAGUUUCAGGAAGAGCUGCGGGCGUUGCGGGAGAAGUUCAAGCAGGGAAACCGGGAGUAUCGGGAGCAUGCGGCUCGGGAGUCGGGACUGCCUUCUCCACUCGAAAAAGGAAGGCCAAGGAAGAAGGGAAUUGGUGGCGGUAGGGGGUGGGU